AUGAGUCUGGUGGGGGGCUUCCCCCACCACCCGGUGGUGCACCAUGAGGGCUAUCCGUUCGCCGCCGCCGCCGCCGCCGCCGCCGCCGCCAGCCGCUGCAGCCACGAGGAGAACCCCUACUUCCAUGGCUGGCUCAUCGGCCACCCCGAGAUGUCGCCUCCCGACUACAGCAUGGCCCUGUCCUACAGCCCCGAGUACGCCAGCGGCGCCGCCGGCCUGGACCACUCCCAUUACGGGGGGGUGCCGCCGGGCGCCGGGCCCCCGGGCCUGGGGGGGCCGCGCCCGGUGAAGCGCCGGGGCACCGCCAACCGCAAGGAGCGGCGCAGGACUCAGAGCAUCAACAGCGCCUUCGCGGAACUGCGCGAGUGCAUCCCCAAUGUGCCCGCCGACACCAAACUCUCCAAGAUCAAGACGCUGCGCCUGGCCACCAGCUACAUCGCCUACCUCAUGGACCUGCUGGCCAAGGACGACCAGAACGGCGAGGCGGAGGCCUUCAAGGCGGAGAUCAAGAAGACAGAUGUGAAAGAAGAGAAGAGGAAGAAGGAACUGAAUGAAAUCUUGAAAAGCACAGUAAGCAGCAACGACAAGAAAACCAAAGGCCGGACGGGCUGGCCGCAGCACGUCUGGGCACUGGAGCUCAAGCAGUGAGGAGGAGGAGGAGGAGGAAGAGGAGGAGGAGGAAGGAGGAGGAAGAGGAGGAGGAGAGCGCGAGCCGGGCCCAGGAGCCGGAUGCAGACCCAGGACUCCGGGCAAGCUCCGCGCGCUCCGCUCUGAGGACUUCCUGCAUUUGGAUCAUCCGGUUUAUUUAUGUGCAAUGUGCCUCCCUCUCUUUGCCCCCCUUCGAGGCAUCCGCUCCCCACCUUCCCCUCCAAACACAAAGUGGAUAUUUGAAGAAAAGCAUUCCAUAUUUUAAUAUGAAGAGGACACUCCCGCGUGGUAAGGGAUCCCGGCGUCUCGUAGAUUCUCUGUUUGUGAAUGUUUCCUCCUGGCUGUGUAGACACCAGCGGUGCCCUCUCCCCAACCCCUUCCAGAUAAAGACAGCGGACAAUUGUGUGUAUGUGAAGUGUAUCUUUAAUACUUGGCCUUUGGAUAUAAAUAUUCCUGGGGAUUAUAAAGUUUUAUUUCAAAGCAGAAAACGGGGCCGCUAACAUUUCCGUUGGGGUCGGUAUCUAGUGCUGCCGUUUCAUCUGUGGUGGUUCCCUCUGUGAAGAUGUUUCCAACAGCUACUUGUUUUGUGCACUUCCGUCCUCUAAAACUAAGUGGAAUUUAAUUAAUAUUGAAGGUGUAAACGUUGUAAGUAUUCAAUAAACCACUGUGUGUUUUUUUUUUACAAAACCCCAAUCUUUUAAUGGUGGA